AUGUCCCACGAGUUCAAAGAAUGGGCGGCGAGCAAAGGAUUGAUCCAGAAGUCACACAUCUCGGAUUUCGAAGAUGCCACCAUCGGAUUCGACGCUGAAGCCUUCAUCAACAACCUGCUAUCCAACACCAGCACACGCGAGCCCCUUCUCCCUGCCCUCGGCGGACUUCCCUUCGCACUGACCCAACAUAUCGAUGCCGAGCUGGCACGUUUUCGUGAAGCAAAGAUCACGCCCUGGUUCGUUUUCAAUGGCAUCGAAAUGGCGCCGAGAGACCGCAAGACGCUCCUCAAGGAAGCUCAAAAAGCCGUCAAGGUUCUCGAAACUGCCUGGGAAGUAUAUGACCAGGGCAGAGGGGACGACGCGGUUGCCAACUUCGGCAAAAUCUGUACUUACCGAACAUCACACAUACUCCGCUUCUUUCGGUACUACCUCCACAAGCAAGGCGUCAUGACCACCACGGCACCCUACGAUGCCGCUGCGCAACUCAACUACAUGGACGAGAAGCAGAUCAUCUCUUGUGUCGCAGGUUCAGCCUCUUGUCUGGUUGCCAACGUAGACAGGCUGGUGGUCGAGCUGGACUGGACCGCAGGUUUUUUCAAACUUAUUGAUCGUGACCGGAUGCUCAGCAUGCUCAUGCUCUCGCAUUCACAAUUCGUGGACCUCAUGCUUCUCUCAGGCAACUCGAUGCUCGCUCCGAUUCCCGAGAUUGAUAAUGAUACGCCAGCUUCCAAGAUCCUCGCGGCUCAAAACGUUCUCGGUCGCGCCAACAUGGACGGAUACACUGCCUGUCUUCAAGCCAAGGACGAAGAGUACACCAAGCUUUUCAUGAAAGCCAAGACUGCUAUUAAGCACAUGGUCAUAGUUCAGGAAGGUGGAAAGAUUGAGCAGCUCAAUUUCGAGUCGUCUCCAAACGACAUUCAUGAAGUGCUCUCUCAGCGCAUACCGGAUGAAGCCAUUACAUACCUACAACAUGCUCUCAUCGGCCCACGAGUUCUGAACUGGAGGACCAGAAGCGAGAUCCUGGAAUUGCCUCCUCUCGACGGCGGCAAUUCUCCGACCUACAAGGAGCUGGUGCACGACAAACUCCGGUCUCAGAAAACACGCAUUCUCGCAAUUAUUUCCCAUCGCUUCCAUCGCUAUUUCCAGAAGAAGGAUGUUGAGCUGGUCUGCUGGUGGAAUGAAACGGAUAGGCAGGGUCUAGGGCUUACCGAAGUGCCGCUAGAGACCUGCACCAGAGAUGCUGAGAGUUGGCACGUCAAGGACUCUCUCAUCGCUCAAGCUACGGUGGGUAAGGACAUUGACAAUGAAGCCACCCCCCUGGAGUGGGCCAUUACUAUGCUAUCUGACGAUAUCUGGGCCAAGAAGACGGUGACAAGGCGGAAAGAUAACGAGCCGAACGUCCUGAGGACGCGCAAAGAGAUGCUCUCGAAUACACUCUGGCGUUUCCUGCAAGACCGCGGAUACAUCAAUUCGGACCACACCCUCUCUGCUUGGGGAAAAGCGCUGAAGGCUGCAUUCGAGAAAGGCAAGUCUGAUCAGUGGUUGGGUCAAACUGACCCGCCUCAAGAAGCGGAAGAAGCCAUCUUCGUAGCUUUCGAGCUUCUACGACUCGAUGUUCUAAGCACCAAGAAUCUGUUCCCCAGCCCACAAUAUUCCGGAGCACCCAUGCGUGGAACUGAUCAGGAUAAGGCGAAUACUCUUCUCGUGAGUCGAAUCGCAUCGCUCGGGUCUUUCAGUCACGCUCGGAUCGGCUACACCGGACCUCUGUCACGACAUCUACUUGCGUAUCACCAGGUCACUGCUGCUGUGCGCAACACACUGCGAGAUUUGGCCGAGACCCAUGCAGCGAAUAUGAUGUUGUGUGCUAGCGUGUUCCGUGUACGGAGCGCUGAUGACUACACGGCUGUCGGCGCUGCACUUCCCUUCCUAAAGGAGCCUGACCUGGGUCUGGCUUUGGUGGUGAAGAGUCAUCUUGAUGAGCUAUCUAACAUUCCCGAACGACGUUCUGACAUCCGCAAAUGGUUUAAUCAUGCACUGGACAUCGAUGGUGAUCUCAAGCGAGCUUGGAAGAUGUGGGACGCAGUA